AUGGAAGUGGUUGAUGCAUAUGAACGUGAUGGCCUAGUACGGUUUGGACAUCUCACUGUCGAUGCACAGAAGCUACUGAUCCUGGCGAAGUUCAUCACUGACAUGGACUUUGCGAACUACACGCCAAGCAACAUGCAAAAACUUACUGUGUGUAUGCUGCUGGAGGGCAACCUUUGGCGAGCUCAUCAGCGACAGGUGUUCCAUUACGAGGAUGGCGCAUGGGUCAUGGCUGGCUCCUUGUCCAUCCAAGCUUGGGACUUGCUGCUCGCUUUGGAGGGUUUGUUUAUUCAACUUGCCAUGUCCUUAGAGGAACAGGAUGCACAGGUCGCGUGGUCAUGGAGCGAAGCUGGACCUCAUCUCACGGAAAUUCUAGGCGAUCUAGAGGAAGUAGACCGACCUGUCUUACAGACCAUGAAGGAUGUCGCCAAGAACAACAGCGAUCAUGUGCGCGUCAAGACCAGCAACAAGACCUGGCAUGCCCGCUGGACUAGACGUGUGGCCGAUAUGACUGCAAAGUUCCGGAAAGACUUGGAAUUGGAAAGUACGGCCAAGACCUUGACCAAGCUGAUCCUCGUGGCAUGGGACUCGCCGAUGCCGGUAUCCUGUGGAGUCUGCUUUCGCGAUGUCUUCCUUGAUGAGCAUUGGAAUGUAGCUACAAAGACUCCCCAUGCCAACUGCUAUCUCAAGGUGACGUACAACUUCUUCUGGGAAAACCAUGCCUCGGAUUAUCCUGAUAUGAACCCACAGGUCGUGAGAGAGCGUCUGCGCAUCUUCAUCGAGUCGGUCUACUACCAAAGUCCUCACCUCUUCCAGCUUAAGCUGUCUUUCAUGCAGGCUGCAUUCCUCAAGAAGUGCUCAGGUAAGAUCAUCUUUCAGAUUGGCGGCGGAGGGGACGGCAAAGGCAUGGAGGCAGUACUGGACAGGGCUCUCUUCGGUGACAUCGCAAGUUCUACCCUGGAUUGUGGCGUCUUUCUAGAUCGCGUCGAGUUCAGAAAAUCUGCAGAACUUGCAUGGAAUAAGGCUAACAUCAGAAUCCAGGAGAUGAAAGCCGAGGACGAGUUGAAUUUCGAGAACAUACCCAUUAUCGAGGAGACACAAGAACGGAACAAAAGCUUGGAGCAUUUGCGGCGUCGGGUCGUCGCCUUCAUCAUGGGCAAGGCCACCUUUACCGCGGAUGACAGCAGGGUCGACCACUCGCGGGGCAUAUACAAGCUCAUACCGCAAGAUGAGCUCACACGCUUCCUCUCCCACCCUAUGAUGGCCGCAAUCUACUUCAGAGACUGGUGCAUUCCGUUUUUCCAAGAGAACACAGAGCAGGACAUCAUGGGCAUGAUCCAUGAUCUUCGCCAAGUGCAUCCCGAUCUGGUGAGAGACACGGACUGGCUAUCUGCUUGUCUUGCUGGCAGCCAAGCACCUCCGCCAGGAACAGUCAUUGACAUCACGCACGAAGCAGAGACACUGUUGGAGAAGGUUCAUGCGAACACGCCUCAGCGAAGGGUUAUCAAAGAAUAUCUCCUGCAGAAGUUGCCAGAGAUCCCCGGUUGUGCUGCUUCGCAAAAGGGCAAGAGAACAAAACUGUCUUACUUUGUGGGUGCCAUAGAUGCUGCUACUUGCAAGCUUUUUCAGCAGAUGGAUGUCUCGUGUUUCCACAAGCUUCUUGUGGACUGGAAGAAGGUGGUGGCCAUUAUGAAUGACCUCGGUGGUGCCCCUGUCUUUGGCUCAUGGGCUUCUUGGGGAUGUCCUUUCGCGAUCAUGCAAUCUCAGGAUAAGUGGGACGGAAACGCUUUUGAGCAGCAGCGACUCGCUAUGAUCCAGCAUCGUAGUCUCGGAACUGAUGGCAACAUGGGGAGAUUGUCCGUGUGCCGCAUGACGGAACGUGUAGACAUCCACAACCUUGAGUUUUAUGCAGCUGCAGGUACAGAUCGUCGGCAAUCCUUGCUUCAGGCUUACAUUCGCCGUGUACGAGGUAAUUCCCCCGAGCACCAGGUCCUGCCCUUGAUCGAUGUAGAGUACUACAAGCUGCCACAUUAUGGACGUUUGAUGGUCAGAGGCAUGGCUGGUCAGAAGCUGACCAAGGAAGCACGGUUCGCUGCCUUCUCCAGGGUCUGUGUGGAGAUCGACGCACCAUGUUGUCAUCCGCGACUCCUGCAUCAUAAACUCGACACAUGUGGCUUGCUGGACGCAGACCAAUUCCCCAUGCUGAUGAACUUCGUCGUGAACUUCGAUGCGUGGCGACAAGCAAUUGCUCGUUAUGCUGAUGUAGGCAUUGCUGAGGCCAAAGUCGAGAUAAUUCGCAUCUUCUACGGUGGACGACCUUCUCUAGAGUUGCCUUUCCUGUUGAAACUGGCAGCUGAAGUGCAGAAGGCAGCGACGCUGCUACUGCGUCAGACAUUCGCUGCUCCCUGGCAGCAGAUCUAUGGUGACAGACGCAAUCCGGAAUUCAGUCGGCUAUCCGCAAUGCUAUCCUUUGAGGAGAACGAGCUGCUGAAUAUCGUCCGCAGCAGCGUUGGAGAUCGCCUGAACGUGCUUCUGUACGACGGCGCUUAUGUUCACUGUACUGAUCUGGAAAGUGAGAUUCUCGUAGUGGAAGCAUGUCGCCUAUGCACGGAUACUCUCGUGCCCAUGCAGAUCAAGACGUGGCCACAGUCGAUAUUGACGCGCUCUUUCAUGCGAAUCGCUCUUCGGCGAGAUCAGUUGCAUUGGGAGAACAGUACAGGAGUCAUCACAUCAUACGGGUGCUGUCUGCUGAAUGCUCUUGCCUCAAUGGAGAGAGAUUGCGACCUGUCUUGUCUGCGCGAUCACACAGGUCCUAUGUCUGCAAAGGAUUUCAAUGAUGCCAUGAUCUUCUCUUCGCAGCGACCGACAUACUGGAAUUAUCGACUCAUGCAUGCUGAUCUGGAGCCUGCGCCUGAGCGGGUGGGCUCCGGUGAGCAGUGGUUGUGCCAUCAGCAGCUCGAUCAAGAUGUUGGACACUGGAUCGCAGUCGUUUUUGAUGACGAAGAGAAAGUCACCAUCUACGACUCCACCGCCGGACAACGUCGCCUAUGGAUGCUUCCUGAUGAUUUCCAAACGUUGCGCUCUGAGCUAGAGAAUCUGACCUGGUUCCAGUUCGCUGUGGCUCUGCAUGAGGAGGUGCCACCUGACGAGACCGCUUACAAUCUUCCAGGAAGCGUUGGCGGCGAGACCAACUCGGACGAACACACCCAGCGCAUCAUCAGCCCGUGUACGACUUGUCUGUGCUGCGGAGCCUCUCUAUGCGAGCGCAGGCCUGCUUUGGAUGCCAUCAUAUACGGUAUGUCUGGAGUCAGAAGGGCACACCACGUCCGCAUGAGGUGCACUAGCAAGUCUUGUCGCUCUCAGCACUACUACAACUUCAGGUUGGUUGGUGGUCAGAAGCUAAACUCCAUGAUCUUGAGUGAUGCAAAGUACAUCUUCAUCACGGCAUCGACUGGGUUUGAUGUAGAAUUCUUGCAGUACCACGAUGCACUUCAGUUCCGUGGCUACCUUUCCAUCAGGGCUAUCGCAUGGGCGCAGGCUGGAUUCAUUUGGCCAGAGGAUCAUGAUCAUGCUCGGUUUCGUCCCGAUUACUCCCAUGCCAGACUCCUUUGCAUUGUUACGCAAGAAUGCGAGAGUAUGUGGGGCGUGCUCGCACGGCAAGCGAGAAUGUCGCGGCAUAUGUCCAUUUUGAUUGACGACCCCUUGUCCUCUCGCCUGCUCCAGGAGUAUGACACUUGGUGGCAUGAGCAAGCCAUCCCCGACAUGACGACACACAGGAUCAAGACGGUCGCCAUGGACGGCCACGAGAAGAUCGCAACAAAGUGCUACGAUGCACCACCCUCGCGUGGUGGGCGCCCUAGAAAGGACGGACGCAUCAAGCUCAGUCACAACGGCUGGUUCAUGAUAACAGAUCCAGACACAGGCCUCAUUUUGGCAGUAUCCGAGAUGCGCGAGCCGGAGAAUAGCGAUAUUGCCUUGACGACAUUGUGCCGAACCACUGGCGUGCACACUCACAUUGAUUGUGUCGUCUACGACCGUGCAUGCUCACUCCUGUCUGCAGCAGAGCGCACAGAGGAUUUGAAUCAGGUGCGCUAUUGGGCUGUGGACAAGUUUCAUGCGAAAGGGCAUUGUGACUCGUGCAAGUGCUCACCUUACAACCAUCUUCGCCUGAGUCGGCGUCUCAGCAAUGUGAACACAUCGAUCUCAGAACAGAUCUUUUCAUGGUUCCGCGGAUACGCGAGCACCAUGAAUACGAUGAAUGCCCGCACGCACCGGUUCUAUGUUCUCGUGUACGCAAAACGCCACAAUGAGCUUGUUAUCCAGAAUGAGGCCUUCCAUUUGAACCCACAUUCCGCCCACAAGAAGACCAUGAAGAAAGCGCAGGUUCACGCGCGUCCUGCGCCUUCCGCUUGUGCUUGCAAAAAGCCUUCUAGCAAGGUCAUGAAGAUUUUGAAAAAGCCGUCCUCUCGCUGA